AUGACGCUUGAAAGCCGAGCACUUGCUCAAUUCGACAGACUUGUCAACCAGAAAGAGCUUUUGUGGGCCGAGGCACCUCCUCGACAUGUUCCUGCCAAGCCCUUCAGCUUGCAAAUGCGGAUAACAGAGUCUCUCAAGAAGAAGCCCUGGACUUCGCGACAGAAAAAAGUCGACAACGCUUUCGCCGAUGAAGAUCCUGAUUUCAAUUUAGGCCAGAUUGGUCCAGGCCAUAGGCUUAUUUUGAACAAAUUCUCUGUGGUUCGUCCACAGUUUGUGCUUCCGACAAUCCAGUUCGAGUCUCAAAAUGAGCCUCUCACCGCCGCUGACCUUGGCGCCGCAUGGGAAGUAUUGUCAAGUCUCGAAAGUGAGUACAUGAUAAUCUUCAACUGUGGUGCGGAUGCUGGCGCGUCGGUUGGCCACAAGCACUUGCAGGUGCUUCCCUGCCCGGAUCCGAAGGAGCACACGCUCUUCCCUGAAACCAGCUUGUUGAACGAAGGAAUCUCGGAAGUACUUGAAGUUCCUUACCGGCAUGCAAUCCAGAAGCUGCCCGAGAAUGUGACCACCGAAGCACUCUCCAAAGUUUAUCAGCAUCUCUUUGAGUAUUUUUCACUCCAGCAGGGAUCUCCUCAUAAUUUCGUCUGUACUAGGCGAUGGAUGAUGAUUAUCCCUCGAACAAAGGCUCGUGUGGGAGAGCUGUCGGCGAACGCGGCUGGUAUGCUUGGAAUGGUCUGGGUGACAUCCGAAGAGGAUUACAAACUUUGGACGGCUCAGGAUCCGAUGCUGCUUCUGAAAGAGUUUGGGGUGGCUCGUGAGAGUGUUUAG